UGAUCCUGCAAUUCACAGCCUCUGCCCCCGGUCAUCCUUCCCCGUGCUUGAGGGCCGGUGUUUCGCACUCGUUGCUUCUGUUCCCCCUCUGGGAUGACUUGCUCCGAGUAGAACCGCAUUAUGGCCCUGUGCCUGUCCAGCCGUUCUGUACUGUGUCGCCGGAAGUUCACAGUCUCCCCUCAUGGGGAGAAGGUAGGAUUGAUGGAAGUUUCGUUGCGGGCCACUGGUCGCCGUAAGACCGGUGCCAGGCAGUUUUCACAGUCCUGGAAGCAGUAUCAGCACCAAAACUCCCACGAAAAUCCUCCCCGGAGCACCUUCGGCUCCCGCCUCCGUUUUGCCCUGCGCAACACCAAGGUCGAAUGGUAUCCCAUCCCCGUCGGCCUCGGCAUCGGCCUGCUGGGAUUGCUGCAGUUCUAUAAAGCCCAGCGUGCCGAACGCGAACGCGCUGAGAGAGAAGCCGCCGGCGAGUCUCUGGAUUUUGAAAAAGUUUCUCCGCGUCCGAAGCAUCGAUUGAGCGGACCAUGGCAGGUCCAGAUCAUGUCCACCUUGCCGCUCAAGGCCAUGUCCCGGCUGUGGGGACGCUUCAACGAGAUCGAGCUGCCCUAUUAUCUCCGUGUGCCGGGCUUCAAGCUCUACUCCUGGGUCUUUGGUGUCAACCUGGAUGAGGUUGCGGAACCCGAUCUUCACACGUACCCCAACUUGGCGGCCUUCUUCUACCGCAAACUGAAACCGGGGGUCCGGCCGUUGGACCCCGACACUCGCGCUAUUCUCGCCCCCUCCGAUGGACGUAUUCUGCAGUUUGGAUUGAUCGAACGUGGCGAGGUCGAGCAGGUCAAGGGGGUCACAUACAGUUUGGAUGCACUACUAGGUGCCGCGACCCCGAACCAUGCAGACCACACCGAUAAGUUUACCGACCAUCAGGGAGAGCCGGCCCAGAAGAACGAGGCCAAGAUGCUGGCGGACGAGGAGUUUGCCAAGAUGAACGGCAUCUCCUACACGCUCCCUACCCUUCUGGCAGGAGACCAGAACGGUGCACGGAAGCGCUCAGCGUCCAUCGAUGCGUCCACUCCGUACAAGGCCUCCGCGGAAGCCGAAGUCGAGGCAGACCUGGCUCGUGGAGAUGGUGCGCCGUGGUACGCCCCGAAGCCGACCUCGAACAACGCUCUCUACUAUGUCGUGAUCUACCUCGCCCCAGGUGAUUACCAUCGCUUCCAUUCGCCUGUGCCGUGGGUGGUGCAGAGCCGCCGUCACUUUGCAGGCGAAUUGUUCUCUGUGUCGCCAUACCUGCAGCGCCACCUGCCAGGCCUGUUCACUCUCAAUGAGCGUGUCGUGCUGCUCGGCCGCUGGCGCUGGGGAUUCUUCAGUUACACCCCAGUGGGUGCCACCAACGUGGGCUCGAUCAAGGUGAACUUUGACGCAGAGCUGCGUACCAACAGCCUGACCACCGACACCGCGGCCGAUAUGGCAGCCGCUGCAGCAGCCAAGCGCGGCGAGCAGGACCCGGGCUUUGUGGAGGCGACCUACCUUCACGCCAGCCGAACCCUGGGCGGCCAUCCGCUGCAGCGCGGUGAAGAGAUGGGCGGGUUCCAGCUGGGUAGCUCGAUUGUGCUGGUGUUUGAGGCACCAGUGGGCACUCGCAAGUCGUUUGAUGCGGGCUGGGAGGAAGGCCACCGUGAGGGUGGAUGGAACUGGACCAUUGAGAAGGGACAGCGUAUCAAGAUGGGUGAGAAACUGGGAUAUGUGGACGCUGAUCACUAGAAUGAAAAUGGGUGGAAUUUAAAAGCCGAUUUAGAGCAAUGCACCGCUGGCUGCGGUUACCUAUGUAUCAUAUAUUUAUUGUACAUCCAGCUAUGCUGAUUUAAUACCUACUGUUACUGAAC